UUGACCGCAGAGUGCCACCCUCGCCCCUAAUUUUGCAGCUCACUUCUCUCAUAACAUCCCAAAAUUAUAAAAAGCUGCGUCUCUCUUUUCCCAAACCGAGCCUUAAACACUGAGAGAAACACAGAGACAGAAAGCUCUUAUUGGGCUUUUAAAAUCGAAUUUCAAGAAAUUUAGAGAGAGAGAGAGAAAAAGAGUGUCUGUCAGAGCAUUUCCAUGCAUGGAAGAAGACAGAGCAAAGAAAAGACCUCUAGACCUUGAUUGGGAAAAGCUUCUACCCAAUUCUAGCCAAAACGACGACGACGACGACGACGCACCGCCGGAACUGAUCGUGAAGUCGUCCACCACCACCGCCACAAUGGGCAGUGGCGACGAGCGGCACGAAGACUUCGAGAAAUGGAGCGAUCGGAUGCUGGAAGAGCAGAUAGAGAGAAAGCGGCGCACUUGCGAGACCAUGGGUCCCAGAAUGCCGGACAAAGGGGAGAAGUUACGCCUCACUCUCAAGCGAAUUGAGGACGAGAGAGAGCGCAGGAAACUCGCUCGACCCCAAAAACUCAACUCCUCCUAUGCCUAUGAAGGUGAUGGAUGUGAGAAGCCCACACAAUCAAGGAGCUCAGGUACUGUUGGUGUUUCUAAUGGCUUUAGGGAAGAGUCCACAUCAUCUCAAGCCAAUUCAGGGUCCACAUUUGCUUCUCGUUUAUGUCAAAAGAUGGAAGAAAAUCAGAUAAUUUGUGGGGAAACUGAAGCAUUUAAGGAAGAGUUAUCAGUUUUGAGUCGUUGUGACCGCCGGAAAAUGACAAGUAAGGAAGAGUUAUCACAAAGUAGAAGACAUAGAGGUCGAUCAUCAUCAAAACAAUGGUCUUCUCAACGUCACAACAAACUUUCAAAACAUGCUCUCUUGAAUGCUAAUAAGAAACGUAGAGCUUCUCCUACUUCUUCUCUUCACCAGAAUGGAGAACAUUGGUCCAGCAGCUUCGCCAAGAAAUUGAAGGUUGUGUGGCUGCCAUUGAAUUUAAAGGAUGCUUUUCAAGUCCAUCCAAAUGGUUCAAGGCAUAAGAAGGAGCAAACCGUUGUUCUCAUAGAUGAGGAUGAGUCUCAAAGUCUAAUAGAGGAGGAUGAAUCUGAGAGUCUAGAGAUUACAGAGCGAGUGGACAAUGCUGAAUGCAUGAAAGAUGCAAAGAUCACCUACCCCUCGAGGGAUGAUCCAGAAUCUAUUGAAAUUUGUUACGUGGACAUAAACUGCCUUGCUCCAGAAGGCUAUUUGACAUCAACUAUUAUGAAUUUUUACAUCAGAUAUAUUCAGCUACAAGCAUCUCCUACAAAUAGAGCAAUGUGUGAUUAUCAUUUUUUCAACACAUAUUUUUACAACAAGCUUAAAGAGGCUGUAUCAUACAAGGGAAGUGAUAAGGAUACUUAUUUUGCCAAGUUCAGAAGGUGGUGGAAGGGUGUCAAUAUAUUUCAGAAGGCAUAUGUACUUAUUCCGAUACAUGAAGAUCUUCAUUGGAGCUUGGUGAUUAUAUGUAUCCCAGACAAGGAAGAUGAAACAGGACCAAUUAUUCUUCAUUUGGAUUCAUUAAGACUUCACUCAAGCAGAUCAAUUUUUGAGAACAUCAAAAGCUUUAUGAAAGCUGAAUGGACCUAUUUGGCUUCAGAAGUUGCUCCUUUAAAUCUUCCAAUUGCAGACAAGAUAUGGAAACAUCUCCCUCGUAGAAUUGAGGAGAAAGCAAUAGCGGUUCCUCAACAGAAGAAUGACUCUGAUUGUGGUCUCUUUGUUCUUUUCUUCAUGGAGCGCUUCAUUGAGGAGGCCCCUGAAAGGCUGAAAAAGAAAGAUCUAGCAAUGUUUGGUAGGCAGUGGUUCAAACCUGAGGAGGCCUCUGGUUUGAGAGUAAAAAUCCGGAAGAUACUCAUGCUGGAGUUUAAAAAAGCAUCUGAUGUUAACUGCGACUCAGAAUCUUCCCCUUUUACUAAGGGUGAUGAUCCAGCCAAUAUUGACCACCAGACGGAUUCUGACUGAAUUUGGUGCAGAUGCAACUUAGUACUUUGUCGGGAAAUGGACGUGUCAUAUAUGUACAGGUCAUAUGGCUAAUGCAAGUACUUUGCUUCUGACCUUUCAUUUAGUCAGUGUAUCAAUGGUAAAUCAGCUGUGUAGAGAUUCUUCAAAUUAGUUUUGUAUAGCUUGAAAACGUAGGCGCAAAUAUCAUUACUGGAAGAGGUGUAAACGCCAGUUCGUCUGGGUCACUGAGGCACAUCUUGGUCAUUAAGUACUGACCAGUUUUGUGGGCUAAAAGCCCAUUUAAAUUGCUUCACCAGAUGUAAAGAGGAACUUCAGUGAUUUUUGAAAAUAGUUAAUAAUUUUUCAUUUCA